AUGGAUGAAGCAGCCAAAAACCCAACAAUCAAGGCCACCACCACUGACACAGUCAGCACCUCAACUCCUCUCGUUCACAAUCCAAUCACUCCUCCUAGCAUUGAUAACCUAUACCUUGACCCAGACUCGAUGAAAGCAUACCUCGAUCAGUAUGCUUCGGCUCAUGGCAUCUCAAUCACAACGUACGACACUCGAGUUACUUCAAUCUACUACAAAUCGAAUCGAUAUGAAGAGGCCUUUGGCGCACUGCAGGCCCUUCCACACAGCAUCCAAACCACCUUGUUAACCCGACUGCUCCGCGAUAUUGAAUUAGCAAACCUUGUCAAUCAGGCAUCUGAGGCCAACAAUCAUCAAUCCUUGUCAACAUCGACCCAAACAACAUCAGAAAAAACAAAGAAAAACAUUCAAUCACGACAAUCAGCCACUAUCAACACGGAGAACUCAACUCCCGCACCAAAUGAAUGUCUUGCACCUCCAAUUCCCACCGAAACCGAAUUCGAAGGUCAACCAUUACCCGACUUAAAUCACCCGGUACCCAGUCCCACUCACCCUAAAGGAGAGAAGCCAGGAACAGAGCACAUAGAUAGUAAAUCAGCAGAACAAAUCACAAAAGAGAUAGAUCAAAAAGUAGAUGACAACACCGAAGAGAUAGAUCAAACAUUAGAGGACAAAAUCUCCAAAACUCUACGUGAUCUGGAAGAAAUCGAUGAAACGGAGAAGAACAAGACCCACUUACAAGAAGAUUCACCUCGUAAGAAUACCUCACCUCUACAUUUCAGUACUACUCAAGAUCAUUUGAGCUCGGACAAGGACAACCUUCCACCUCUUGAUCUUGAAACCAACCCGCUGCCAAACAUUGAACUAGAUGUUGAUGUUUGUGCUGAACAGGCUCAAGUCAAACACCAGCCCUCGCCUGAGCCUGAAACCGAUCCUUUGAUUGUCAAAAAGAAACGAAAAGCUCCUCCCGUUGCUACAAAGAAACAGAAACGGAAGAAGGUCCAACCAAAUUAA